AUGUCCUCUAUCCACGCCACACCCCAGCCCCCCACCCGCCUCGGGCGCUACCGCCUCCUCUCGCCCACGGCGGCGAUCCACGUCUCGCCGCUCCAGCUCGGCGGGAUGAGCAUCGGCGACAAGUGGCACGCGCUCGGCCUGGGCGACAUGAACAAGGAGUCCUCGUUCAAGCUGCUCGACGCGUACUACGAGGCCGGCGGCAACUUCAUCGAUACCGCGAACGCGUACCACUUUGGCGCGUCCGAGGAGUUUAUCGGCGAGUGGGCCGAGGCGCGUGGUAUUCGCGACCAGCUGGUUAUUUCCACCAAGUAUGCGAGCAGCUAUAUGCUCGCAGACAAGUCCAUCAAGCAGCAGGUGCUCUACAUGGGUAACAACAUCAAGUCCCUCCACAUGAGCGUCGACGCGAGUUUGAAGAAGUUGCGGACGUCGUACAUUGAUAUCCUGUACAUCCAUUGGUGGGACUACGAGACCUCUAUUCCGGAGGUCAUGAACGGUCUGCACACCCUUGUCCAGCAAGGCAAGGUUCUGUAUCUGGGUAUCUCUGAUACGCCUGCUUGGGUUGUGGCCAAAGCCAACGAGUACGCGAGGUGCCACGGCAAAUCCCAGUUCGUCAUCUACCAAGGCAGAUGGAGCCUCUUGGAGAGGUCUUUCGAACGGGAGAUCAUCCCGAUGGUAAAGUCUGAAGGCAUGGCGCUCGCACCGUGGGGUGUGCUCGGACAGGGAAAGCUGCGGACCGACGAGGAAGAGGAGCGCCGUCGCGAGACGGGCGAGAACGGGCGUACUGUCUUCGGCAAGAGCUGGGAACGCACUGAGACCGAGAAGAAGAUGAGCGCGGCCCUCGAGAAGAUCGCCAAAGAGGUUGGCGCGGAACACAUCACGUCCAUCGCCAUCGCAUACGUGAUGCACAAGGCGCCUUUCGUGUUCCCCAUCAUCGGUGGGCGCAAGGUCGAACAUCUGCUCGCCAACAUCGAGGCUCUUAGUGUUUCCUUGACCAAGGAACAUGUGAAGGAGCUGGAGUCUGUUAUUCCAUUUGACGCUGGAUUCCCCUACACCGAAUUCGGCAACGGCGCAGCGUAUACGUUCUUGCAGACCGCUGCCGGUUUCUUGGACAGAAUGCCAGACCUUCAGCCCAUCACUCCGGUCCAGGACUAA